CUGCCGCGCCGGUGCAGACCGAAACACGUAUAGGAAGCUAGCUAGUAUAGGUCUAGUACACGUACGUUGAGGUGAAAGACUAGAGAUUGCCAGCUUGCCUAGGUUGUUUAGAUAUUCACAUUUUGAACAAACUAAAUGAGGUGAAACAUAUUACUCCACGAAUUGUACGAUUCUAGAAAUAGUGGAAGAUGGCAGAAGGAGGGUAUGACCCGUGCGAGUGUAUAUGGUCGCAUGAAAAUGCGAUGAGGAGAUUGAUAAACAUGCUCAGGGAGCAGAAUACAUGCAGUGACUCACAGUGUGACUUGGAAUUUCCUGGUCCUCAACCUAAUUCCAGUGGUGACUACACCAUGUUCCUCUUCAUGAUGGGUUGGCUAGUUCUUGCCUUAGCUCUCUUUCUUUUGAGGCCUGGACGUAACAGGACAGAAGGAGACCAGAAACCAAGGCCAAUCAAUCAAAAUCCUGGGCCUGCCCCUCCACCACUGGACUAGGACCCGUCAAGACUUCGAGCAUCCAGAACAAAGUCGCCAGGAACUGGACUAAGUACUCUUUUUCUGCGUUAGCCUGUGACAGUUUGGUCAACACUUGCUGAAUUUUCUCAAAAUGCCGAAUGCCACUGACUCCUACUUAAGCUUCUCUGUCAUUUUCAUCUUGUAAAGUGUCUUAACCUAAUAUAAGGGGCUUUAGGAUGGAAACACUGACUCAUAGCUCAUGCAUUUGUCUUUGCAUUGAUAUCGAUGUAGAUGCAUAUUGUAGCAUCAUAAAGUACCGAAGCUGUGACGUCAUAAAAAUCUAUUUUUAGAAUUUCUCCUUUUUAUUCUUCAUUUUCCGAAAGAGCAUCAAAAAUAAUGUC